AUGGUGCCUUUCCCCUCGUCGGCCUCGUUCAAAUGGAAUCCCGACCCGCUGGCGUUUUCCCUCGCCUACCUUAGCACGGAGCUCUUGAGCUUGAUCUUUGAGGAGCUCCUUGAAAUCGAUCCUCAUAGUGCCUGGACGGCUCGUCUUGCGUGCCGGCGGCUAGAAUGUGUGGGGACUCCUAUUCUUUACAAGAUGAUGUUGUUGAGCGAGCGCAAGAUCUCUGUGAUGUGCGAACAGCACGUUCCUUCGGCCCUCGAGAAGAUGUAUGCGCACACUCGUUAUCUCGUCGGCUAUAGCAACCUAGACCCCGUGAGGAUGAAGACCAUCGUGGAGAGAAUCAAGAAGUUGGUAUAUUUCCACUUUUCCUACGUGGACGGCAUAAUCAAGUCAGGGGAGUUCUAUCUGCCAGGAGACAUCAUCGACAUAGAAAAAAUGCAGCGCGACGAGAUCAGGCUGCUCAUCGAGAACCUCCCGCUCCGCAAUUUCGACCUGGACGAGGUGAACUUGUACAGGAGAGCUUUCCCGAUUCGGCACGCGAAGCACAUAAUCCACCUCAACGUGGCGCCCCCGACAACGCCCCUCGUGACACGGCUGAGGUCGCUGUAUGGACUCCUCUUGACGGCGCCGGACCUUGAGGUGCUGCAGAUUGAGGACCGUGGCCAGGGAACUCAAUUCGAGUUUGGGGAGGGCAACAUGUUGCCGACGCUGCGCGAGCUAUGCCUCCGCUCCUACGACUGGCGACACACGCGCGAUGACAUGGACUCUCACUGGGCGCUUCACAAGCUGGUCCGCCUAGAGCUGAUCUCUGUGCCCGUGUUCAACUUCCUCAUAGCGGCCCGCUUCCCCCAGCUAGGAAAUCUGAAGAUCCUGCGUUGUGAUGACUUCAGCGCCCACCUGCCGGACUGUCGCCGGCAAGCCACCGACAAGCUGGUUACGCUGGUGCGCGACAACAUCAAGGCCCUGGAGGUGCUUUGCCUGACGCUUCAUAUGGAUCAGUUCCCUCCCGUCGACGUGCUGCGGAAACAUGGGCCCACGCUCCGGGAGCUACGGCUGCGCGACCACGUGGGAUUCUCUGAGGAGAACCGCGGGUGCCCGACGCUAUGCCCGACGGUGGUCGCGGCGCUGUCGAGAACCCUCCCGCGCCUGGAGGAGCUUGAGCUCGACAUGGACCUUCUCUCCGACCGCACCGCGCUGCGCUUCCUGGACGCCCUGGUCCUGUUCCCAAGACUGCACACGAUCACGCUGCACGUGCAGACGCGCAUCAGGCUGCUGGCCGAGGACCCGAUGGACAAGGGGAUGAACAAGGCCGAGCGGAAGCUGGACCUGGACCUGGACCGCGCCCACGCCCUGCACAUCGUGCGCUACCUGGCCCUGAACAGACGCAGGCUGCAGAACGGCCCACUGUUCCGGAACAUCACCAUCAACGUGGGCGGGUGGAAGCCCGUCAUGGUGCGCCGGCUGAGCGAGGCAUGGAGAGCGAUGAACCAGAAGGGCCUCUUUGCGGAACGGUGUUUUGUGAUGCAUGGGGGAGGGGUGCUCGAAGAUGGCUUCAAGGAGGUGCUCCCCACCCAGGUGAAGUAG